AUGUUGCCAAAAGACGAGGGUGAGCCCGAACUCGAACUCGGGGCAUCGAAAACCCGGCCCAUAGGUGUGGAGCAGCACAUUCUGAAACUUGCGUCCCCGGUAAGCCACAAGGUGUGCAUAGUAGAUGAUGGCACGACAGAUACGGGCCUUGUGGACCGGGCAAAACGUGAAGCACAUGCUGUAAAUAGGCUUCUGCAGCUUAUUAUGAAAUGGUUCUCAUACUCAAGCACUCAAGCAGAUAAUGCCACUGAUUUGGAAACUCUCAAGAUAACGGAGGAGAAGCCUCCCAAGAGUCGGAUCCAAAAAGUUUAG